UAUACACACCUGUCAGCCCAUAUAAAGGAUAUCAAUUCCCAAAUACUGCAAUUUCACUCUACGAGUGCUCUGCACCCCCAAAAACCACAUUUGCAUUAUGGCUGCGAGACGUCCUUUGUUGAACAAUCUUCGUCAGAGACCACCGACCAAGGUCUCAUCGCAAUAUCAUGCUUUCUCACCCUCGGGCAUUGAGAACGUAGAGUGCCUACCCCUGCCCCGCAUUGCAGACAUAUUCGACGCACCUACUAGGCUCGGUAGCACAGAUGGGCAUCAGUUCUUCUUCCUUCACCGAGCAUCCACUGCACCGCCGACACCGACGAUGGCAACUAGAUCCUCGAACGCAGGACAAUCUUCAGGUGGACUUCCAGCACCACUGAUGUUUGAGGGUCCAGCUCAUCCUCGCUCCUCAUUCUCGCUGCUAUCGACUAAGCCGCCGCGUACAGUCAAAUCACGCAGUCACCAAACCUCCCAUAAAACCUCGAGCAUGCUCCAGGACUCGACAUCGAUCCCACUGUCUAUCAAAAACGCAGCAGUGCACACAUAUGAGGGACCGUCAAACAUGACCCGUUAUAGGUACAAGGGUCAGAAAAAAAAGUAGGUAGCUCCGUUGUAUCCAGUCAAAAAAAUCGCACCUCACUAAUCUACGCCCCUAGAAUGACGACGGUCGCAAGCCCUUACUCGCCAUGCUGAGCUUAGCUACGCUAGCAGUCGGAACAACAGUUUUUCUGGACUUGUGAUCUUUGUGUUUCUGGUCAACUCAGCUGACAGGGGGCCAUAUGUAAACCAAGUAAUUGGUUGUUGUAUAAUACAAACUGCUGUAUAACAUCGGACUCUUGUUAUGGAGAUUUGUCCUUGUACAUUAGUUGUAAGAACAGAUGGUUGGCGGGUUCCAAUGGGAGA